GGAGAGGGAAGAUUUUUAAUAACUAAACUCUACCUAAUUUCAAUGGGCAAGUAGUAUUUUCAUUAUUAUUUUUCAAAUAAGGUAAGAAAAUGGAGAGCCAUCUUCUUGCCAAACUUUGAUUAAUAUUAUCUUCUUCAAUCUCGGAGCGUUUUUAAUUGUCUGAGCUCACGAGAAAGAGCCUCUGCAAUCCCUGCUACACAUACACACCUAUACAUACAGACAAUAUCCAAUACAAUCCAAUUCAUCAAAUACUGACCCUAAUUUGUUUCAAUUUCGAUAUUCUUAGCUUGUUUGGGGAAGAAAAUGGCGACUGGAUUCAGUCUGACACACUAUUUGUCUUUCAAAACGAAGAAAACCAAUCUGUAUUUGGCCGCCAUAGCCGCCGUGCUCUUUUCAAUUUCCUACCUUCUCGGAUUCUUACAGCAGGGUAGCCGCGGCGGCGCCACCGCCGCAAUUCCAUGCAGUAGGCCGGCUAUUAAGGGCAGCGCCGAAGCCAAUCCGGCGCCGCUCGACUUCACGGCGAUCCACUCGGCGGAGGAUUCCAUCCGAGUGGGACAGGCGGCGGCGCGUGGGGUUGAGUUCCCGCCGUGCGGCGCGGAAUUCUCGGAGUACACGCCGUGCCAGGACGCGAAGCGGUCGUUGAAAUUCGACCGGAGCAUGCUGGCGUACAGGGAGAGGCACUGCCCGGAGAAGAGCGAGGUGCUCAAGUGCCGCGUCCCGGCGCCGCCAGGGUACACGGCGCCGUUCCGGUGGCCGGCGAGCCGGGAUCUGGUGUGGUACGCCAACGUGCCGCACAAGCAUCUGACGGUGGAGAAGGCCGGCCAGAACUGGGUCCGGUUCGAGGGGGACCGGUUCAGAUUCCCCGGCGGCGGGACCAUGUUCCCACGUGGCGCCGACGCGUACAUCGAUGACAUCGGGAAAUUGAUCGACCUCCGACGUGGCUCCAUCAGGACCGCCAUUGACACCGGCUGCGGGGUUGCGAGUUGGGGAGCAUACCUAAUGUCUCGAGACAUCUUACCGAUGUCUUUCGCGCCAAAGGACACACACGAAGCGCAAGUUCAGUUUGCUCUCGAGCGGGGAGUUCCUGCGCUGAUCGGAAUAAUGGCCUCCGAGAGAUUGCCUUAUCCAUCCCGAGCAUUCGACAUGGCUCAUUGUUCGCGCUGCCUCAUCCCCUGGGGCCAGUACGACGGGCUAUACUUGAUCGAAGUCGACAGGAUUCUUCGCCCCGGUGGAUAUUGGAUCCUGUCCGGGCCGCCCGUGAACUGGGAGAAUCACUGGAAAGGUUGGAACAGAACUCGCGACGACUUGAGCGCCGAGCAAGAUCAAAUCGAGGCAGUCGCAAGAAGCCUUUGUUGGAAGAAAUUGUCACAGAAAAACGACAUAGCCGUUUGGCAGAAGCCCACAAACCAUCUCCAUUGCAAGCUCAACAGGAAAGUCUUCAAGAAGCCUCCUUUCUGCCAGGGCCAAAAUCCAGACAAAGCCUGGUACACCAAGAUGGAGCCCUGCCUGACUCCCCUCCCCGAAGUGGCCGACGUCAAAGAAGUGGCCGGCGGGGAAGUAGCCGCCUGGCCGGAGAGACUAACAGCUGUGCCGCCGAGAAUCCUCAGUGGGAGUGUAAACGGCGUAACGGCUGAAAGUUUUACAGAAAACACCGAGCUUUGGGAGAAGAGGGUAGUGCAUUACAAAGCGAUCGACGGUCAGUUAGCCGAGCCAGGAAGGUACCGAAACAUUCUCGACAUGAAUGCCGAGCUGGGAGGCUUUGCAGCCGCGCUAGUAAACGAUCCCGUCUGGGUCAUGAACGCCGUUCCCGUCGAAGCUGACGUUGACACUCUCGGCGUCAUAUAUGAUCGCGGACUAAUCGGAACAUAUCAGAGCUGGUGUGAAGCCAUGUCGACUUAUCCGAGGACCUACGACUUCAUCCACUCCAAUGGGGUCUUCUCGCGCUACAAGGAUAGAUGUGAAAUUGAGGACAUCCUGCUAGAAAUGGACAGGAUUCUUCGGCCGCAGGGCAGCGUAAUUAUACGGGACGACGUCGAUGUACUGACAAGUGUGAAGAGGAUAGUAGAUGGGCUUCAAUGGAACAGCAGAAUGAGUGACCAUGAAGAAGGCCCUCAUGUAAGGGAAAAGCUUCUUAUUGCAACAAAACAGUACUGGACAGCUCCUCCUCUUCAACAUGAACACACGUUGUAGUAACCAUAACUGCAUAUAUAUAUAUAUAUAUAUAUAUGUGUGUGUGUGUGUGUUCAUAUUUCAUUUUCUUAAUUAAUUAAUGUGCAUCUCUUUCUCAUCAAUUCUUUUGUUGAUAUCUUUUAAAAUCUAUAAUUUUGAAAGGUACGUUUUUCGUAGCAUCAAUGAGGAUCUUGAGGUGGAUUGGAGUUUGCUGUAGUUG